CCGCGGACCCCCGACGCCAGCACCGCCAGGGGCUCCCGGAGGCCCAGCCUGUCUUGGGGGCACCCCGGGCGUUUCGGCCGCGGCGUCUACCGCGUCGUCUUCAACCUCAUCGUCGGUGGCGGAGGUGGGCGUGGGUGCUGGUGGCAAGAGGCCCGGCUCAGUGUCGAGUACCGACCAGGAACGCGAGCUGAAGGAGAAGCAGAGAAACGCGGAGGCCCUGGCCGAGCUAAGCGAGAGCCUGCGCAACCGCGCCGAGGAGUGGGCCAACAAGCCCAAGAUGGUCCGAGACACGCUGCUCACGCUGGCGGGCUGCACGCCCUACGAGGUGCGUUUCAAGAAGGACCACUCGCUGCUGGGCCGCGUCUUCGCUUUCGACGCUGUCUCCAAGCCCGGCAUGGACUACGAGCUGAAGCUGUUCAUUGAAUAUCCUACGGGCUCGGGCAACGUGUACUCCAGCGCGUCUGGUGUGGCCAAACAGAUGUACCAGGACUGCAUGAAGGACUUCGGCCGGGGCCUCUCCUCCGGCUUCAAGUACCUGGAGUACGAGAAGAAGCACGGCUCCGGGGACUGGCGCCUGCUUGGGGACCUGCUACCCGAAGCCGUGCGCUUCUUUAAGGAGGGCGUGCCCGGCGCGGACAUGCUGCCCCAGCCCUAUCUGGAUGCCAGCUGCCCCAUGCUGCCCACGGCGCUGGUGAGUCUCAGCCGCGCCCCCAGCGCACCUCCGGGGACUGGGGCCUUGCCGCCCGCCGCGCCCUCGGGCCGGGGCGCAGCUGCUAGCCUACGCAAGAGGAAGGCGUCCCCGGAGCCCCCGGACUCAGCCGAGGGCGCGCUGAAACUGGGCGAGGAACAGCAGAGGCAGCAGUGGAUGGCAAACCAGAGUGAGGCACUGAAGCUCACCAUGUCGGCCGGGGGCUUUGCGGCGCCUGGUCACACUGCUGGGGGUCCGCCCCCACCACCCCCACCCCUGGGACCCCAUUCCAACCGGACCACCCCGCCGGAGUCAGCCCCGCAGAACGGUCCGUCCCCCAUGGCCGCCCUCAUGUCAGUAGCAGACACUCUGGGCACAGCGCACUCGCCUAAGGAUGGCAGUUCAGUGCACUCAACCACUGCGUCCGCGCGGCGCAACAGCAGCAGCCCAGUGUCGCCCGCGUCGGUGCCUGGGCAGCGCCGCUUGGCAUCACGUAACGGGGACCUGAAUUUACAGGUGGCGCCCCCGCCGCCUAGCGCCCACCCGGGUAUGGACCAAGUGCACCCCCAAAACAUUCCGGAUUCCCCCAUGGCCAACAGCGGACCUCUCUGCUGUACCAUUUGCCACGAACGUUUGGAGGACACGCAUUUCGUUCAGUGCCCAUCCGUCCCCAGCCACAAAUUCUGCUUCCCUUGCUCUAGAGAGAGUAUCAAGGCCCAGGGGGCCACUGGCGAGGUGUAUUGUCCCAGCGGAGAGAAAUGCCCCUUAGUUGGGUCGAAUGUACCUUGGGCCUUCAUGCAGGGCGAAAUCGCGACUAUCUUAGCUGGGGAUGUUAAAGUGAAAAAGGAGAGAGACCCUUGAACCACAGGGCACCCACCUCUGCCCUAGACCAGCUCCUCUCCAAUCCAGAAAGCCCCUCCCCCACCCCUCCUCCAAUCUCCCUCCCCUCACCCCCAAGAUGUAGAAUUGUGAAUAUAACAAACUGCAAAAAGUUAGUCUUAUGUAUAGACAUUAUUUUCGUCGUAUGUUUCUAUAUUUUGAAACAAAGGUAUGUAACUUCUUCAUUUGAAGGAUAAGCUGGUUUGUGUUAAGCAGUAUAAUAUUAGUUGGGUCAUUUGCAUCAUAUUCGUUAGCAUUUAUUUGGUGGCAGAAUGUUUGCCUAGGUACAGAAUUAAUAGCCCUUAGCAACGACUGCUGCUGGUGUGUAUUUUUGUAAAUGUUAUGCACUCUGAAAGGAAAAAAACACACAAAAGAAAAAGUUUUUUUUUCUUUUUUCUUUUUUUUUUGCCAAGGCCAGUGUUGCUGCCUAAAAAAAAAAAUAAUAAUAAUGAUGCUAUAAAAUGGUGAAAGCUUCUUUCUAAACAGCCCCAAGUGUUGAAGUCUUCACUUUAUUUUGUUCUGUUCUGUUUUGUUUUGUUUUCCUGUUUUGUUUGCAAAAUGGUAAGGGGGGUGUUGGGGGGGGACGGGGUGUUUUUUGUUGCAAGUUUGUGAGGGGAAGAUGUUUAGGUUUGUUUCUACUGACCUGAAUGUGUUGGAUCUUCACGUGUUGUUUUGUUUUUGCUUUAUUGAUGCACGGAUGCUUUUGAACAGUAGAGCGAAAUGCUAGACAUGGAGAAUCUGCUCUGUUUGUCCUUUAUACAUUUCUGUAGUUAACAGAACACUGUAAUGUGCCUUGGAGCUUAGUAACUUGUAAUAAAUUCAAUUGAUAUUAAUUCUG